AAUGGGCGCCCAGCAGGAGGACGAUGCUAAAUCGAGUACUGCUGGGGACAUUGAAAAUGUUGAUGCACAAAUUCCUCUUGUCGAGGUCCAGAGUUUUGUGGAAAAAGCAAAAUUCUAUACUUCAUUGUGUCUUGGAACAACGGCGAUACUCGCGGUUUUUGGAUUUUUAUUUCUCAUUCCAUUCGUUGUGGAGCCGGCUAUAUCAACGAUUCUUGCCGAUUUUUCACCGCACGCUGUUGCUUGUGUGGUGACAGAACAUGUUUAUGUGGAGGGACUGAAGAAUUGCUCGUGGGCAAGUUGUAGAGAAGGCUGUACUAGUGCUGCAAUCAGAUGUCAUCAGAUCAAAGUCAAUUACUCAAAACUACCGUACGAGGAUUUUACGAAGAAGCCAGUGGGGACAGUACCAUGGGACGUUGCGGAUACGAAAUUUUUUAUCAACACAGAGGGUUGUGGCUAUCCACCGAGGGUUAAUUGUUCAGAAUUCGCCAAGAAAUUUGGCUACCAGAACAUGGGCAAAAUUUUCCCCUGUUACUACAGCAGAACUUAUCCCGAGACUGUGGUUUCCAGGUACUCGUGGGACGAAAAUCUGAGGCAUUUGGUGCUUGCGCUAGUGACCCCAAUCGUCCUAUUCAUUGUCUCCUUGGGUGUACUUUGCUAUUGGUACUGUCCACCCAUGGGGAAGACUUGCGGUGGCCCUGGUCGUAAUUUGAUAGAUAAAUAUACGCGAAAGGAAGAUUUGAAACCAUUAUUGCAGCAUUCUCGCGGAGGACGAAUUCGAGGAAGACGAAGAGGAGUACUGAUUGUUACCGAGGGCUCACCCCCCAGCGAGGGAGUGACGCCUGAUCCCACCAUCGGAGAGUCUAGUUUACUUCACGUUUUAAAUUUCAAUGAGAAUAAUUGGCCUGUCAUUGCUAACUAACGAAAAUCCUCCGACUCCAAACUCAAAUUGGCUUCUAGAACCCCAAUUGCUGUAUAGCCGCCAUUAUUUAAACUGUCAGCUCACUGAAACUCGAAAUAAAUAUAACAACGAUUUUUAAAAACAAUUUUUUAUAAUGUGAGAGACGAUUGAGUAAUGAGACAGUGUAAAGUAGGAGAGUCUUUAUCAUUACAUUGCCAAAUUAUUCACGGUGAAGGCACUAGGCUCGAUUGGAUCAGUAUUCCGGGGGUAGGGGUUCGUAUGGAGAGGUAAUUUGAUUAGAAACGCAGGAAUAAAUUACAAGUCAUGAGGAAUCAGGAGUGUGCAGCCAGUCUUUCAGUCAAUGGAAUCCUCCCAUUCGAUUUGAUUAACCCAACUUUUUCAGAAUUCCAAUUAGUUUACAGAUAAUUAUUAGUUGACAAUUUUAUAGAUUUUUUGGGAGUGAUCCCUCACACUAUCGCACUUUGAACAUCUGGCUUUAUUUUAUUCUAAUACGUUUCCAUUCCAAACAGAAUAUUUUCCAAUUUACGGAAAAUUAUUUUCAAAUUUUGUUGAACGAAGAAAUUUCGUUUAUCUUAAUCCACUGAACCUAUUAAUUGCAAAAAUAUUAUACCAAAAUCUGUAGAUGAUUUUCGUCUCUCUUUACAUUUCACUGCAGAUGUAAUUGAUAAAAUUAUUAUUACAAUCGUCACUGUAUAUUGAACCAAACAAAAGCUAAAUAUAAUGAGAAAUUGUUACAAUUUUUGUAUUCGCGAGUUGACGAAAUGGUGAUUCCAAUAUUGUAUGGUUGAUAUAGAUAAUAAUGAUAAUAUGGAGUUAUUAUUUUUAUUUCUGUUGAUUGUUAUGAAGAGGACUGAAAAUGAGGAAUUCCGCGCUUUUCGCAUCGACCUCUUUCUCCACAUCGAAAGAUAAAUAUUAAUUUUAGGGUAGUAAAAGUACUGUUAAUUUGUCGGAGACACUCCAAUAUUUUUUAUUUCUCCUGAGAAAGUUGAAGAUCGUUACGAACAGUACGGAAACCACAACAUUGUCCUAUACAUCUAGAAUGGUUGUGAAAAAUAAAACGGCCUUGUAAUAUUGGCUCCGUUAUUUGAACGUAAAGAGAAAUUCAUAGCUUACUUAUUAAUUAUAAGCAUCAAACGCUUAGAGAAGAAUUAUUAGGACAAUUAUUUUUGUCUUGUCUUACGUCGGGGGAAAUCGAUUUACUGGAAGAGUCAAUAUGGAGGAUAUGGUGACCCAGACUCAAAUAUGAAGACGAAGACUAAUAAUCACUUCACCAAAAGUUCUCCCAAUUUUUUAUUUUGCUUUCGGGAAAUUCCACGAAAUUUCUAAUUUUUUAGUUUUUCCAUUCUUUAUGGUCAGUAUUUGAUGAUAAUUAUUCAUUUGAUUUUUUAGUUGGGCCCCGGGUCCUCCAUAUUGAGCUCAGACAUUUAUUUAAUCGUCCAGAGGGUUUAUUCUACUCUUAAUGAGGAGAUUCAAUUAUUUAUUUGACAUGUUGUGUAAAGAGGGUGUCAAUCGGACAAUGCUUGUGCAAAAAAUUGAAGCGUAAAGUGGUGAGGAGCGAGUGAAUCUCCUUAAAUGUCUUUUUUCCCGAUUCUUUCGCAAUUCUGCUGGAACCAUUCAUACUCGCAAAAUAAUUUUGAUGAAUUCUUCAAAUAGACUCUCCUCACUACUUUAAUAUGUUAGGCAAUGUAAUAUUUUCACUAAUUGAUAUUCAUUUGGAAUGAAUUUAUCUCAGGAUUUUUUUCAACAUUAAUUCAUGUAAACCUCUGAGUAUUAUUACUUUUGCAAAAUGAGGGACAAGGGUGGCACAGAAACGAGAAACGGUGCAUGUAUUUGAAAAAAUCACUUGUAUAAACUAUUCUAAAACUCGUUAGUCACAGUAAGCUGUAAAUAUUUUGUCCAAUUUUCUCUUUUGAUCAUGAAUUGCUUGAAAAUAUCGAUUACUGCUCAAUUUCGUCGGUAGGAAAUCGAGACUAAUGGCUCAUUUUUGAUUGAGAUAAAGAUCGCCCGAUUCGUCGCUUUCAUUGAUUCUUUUCGAAAUAGAUUGUAAUUAAUACUCAAGUGCUGUAAAUAUUUGAUUAUGAACAAUGAUUAAAGCUACUGUAAAUAAUGAA